ACCAUUGACCAAGAUCGACGAGUUUCGGCAUUUUCAAAGCCGCUGUCUUGGAGAAAACCCUAAAGAUUCCCCCUUUGCCUAAAUAAAUCCGAGAAAAAUAAUAGUAAUUUAUCUAAUUAUUUGGCUUUGCAGAUCUGAUUUAAUAUUUUUCUCUUCUCGAAAUCUCCUCACAUUCCCUUGAAUCAGAAUCUGCUGAAGUUUUGUCCUUUGAAACCGAGUAUAUAUUGAGAAAAUAGCUGAGACAUUCAAGCCAUCUUCUGGGUAUAUUAGAAGUUGCUGAAAUUAAUUUAUUCCCUGAAAUGACCGAGAACAAUUCACCACCUGGCUCUCCCAAAGGAAACCCAGAGCAUACUUCUGAGGCUAACCCAUUGCCCAAAGAUGAUAGCUCACUCGAAAACAUAGUUCGGAGGUUUCAGGAUUCCAUGUCCUUAUCCAAGAGACACAAGUUUUGGGAAACUCAGCCUGUUGGUCAAUUUAAGGAUGUUGGGGACACGAGUUUACCUGAAGGCCCGAUCGAGCCGCCGACCCCAUUGUCUGAAGUCAAACAGGAACCUUAUAACCUUCCGAGUCAAUACGAAUGGACGACUUGCAAUAUGGAUUCCGAAGAGACUUGUAACGAGGUUUAUAAUCUCUUGAAGAACAAUUAUGUGGAGGACGAUGAGAAUAUGUUUAGGUUCAACUAUUCCAAGGAGUUUCUCAGGUGGGCUUUGCGUCCUCCUGGUUAUUACAAGAGCUGGCAUAUUGGGGUCCGUGCCAAGACGUCGAAGAAGCUUGUUGCCUUUAUUACUGGUGUCCCUGCAAGAAUAAGGGUGCGUGAUGAAGUUGUGAAGAUGGCAGAGAUCAACUUCUUAUGUGUUCAUAAGAAGCUGAGAUCAAAGAGACUGGCGCCAGUGAUGAUUAAGGAGGUUACUAGGAGAGUUCAUUUGGAGAAUAUUUGGCAAGCAGCUUAUACCGCCGGAGUUGUUCUUCCGACACCAAUUACUACUUGCCAGUACUGGCAUAGGUCGUUGAACCCUAAGAAGCUUAUUGAUGUUGGCUUUUCUAGACUUGGGCCUAGGAUGACCAUGAGCCGGACCAUUAAACUCUACAAGUUACCCGAUCAACCUGUCACCCCUGGAUUCAGAAAAAUGGAGCUUCGUGAUGUCCCUGCUGUCACUAGGUUGCUUAGACAAUACUUGAGCCAGUUUGUUGUUUCUCCGGACUUUGACGAGAACGACGUGGAGCACUGGCUUCUUCCUACUGAAGAUGUCAUCGACAGUUACGUGGUUGAGAGCCCUAAGACACAUGACUUAACAGACUUCUACAGUUUCUACACUCUUUCCUCAUCCAUUCUUGGCAACCAGAACUAUUCUAUUUUGAAAGCUGCCUACUCUUACUACAAUGUAUCCACCAAGACUCCACUUCUUCAGCUGAUGAAUGAUGCACUUAUUGUUGCUAAAAAGAAGGAUUUCGAUGUUUUCAACACACCGGAUGCCAUGCAUAACGAGUCUUUCCUCAAAGAAUUAAAAUUCGGUCCGGGUGAUGGACAACUCCACUACUACCUAUAUAAUUACAGGAUACGAAACGCCUUGAGAACAUCGGAGCUAGGUCUUGUACUCUUAUAGGUUGGCAUGUUUUAGCUUUGGUCCUGCAGUCAUGUCUGGAUUUCAUCAUAUUUCUUGUUCCACUGCAUAUCCACAACCAAGUAUCUGGUUUGCAGUGCAUGAAAGAGCAGCCUUUAUUGUAUUGGCAAAGGCAAUAUUGUUCCAUGGACACCAAUAAUGUUAAGAUUAUGCAUGUGGUUUGUUUCUUAGUUUUUACA